AUGUGGAAACAAGUAGCAGUUCUAAUGACAGUCAUGUCUGUGUACUGUGCCAAAGGCAAGUUGGCUACAGAUGAAGACGCAGAAGAUUCUGACGACUUGGACAGUAGCGAGCGGGUUGGCGCGUCAGUCACACAAAUAGUCCAGCACUCAUACGCUGCAUCCCUGAUGAAGAACGACACAUACGUCUGCAGCGCUAUAGUGUUAAACACCAACUGGUUACUGUCAUCGUCAAAGUGCUUUGACUCGGACGUCAUCUCCUCGUACGUGACCCACAAAAAGCUCGGCAAUUUCACCAUCCGAGUGGGCAGCUCAUACAAUAACAAAGGAGGAUCGCUUUACAAGAUAAAGAUGAUGAUAAACAACUUUGACAUGAAGGUGUCUGCUAUCAAGCUUCAGACGCCACUGGUUUAUGGAUCACGAAUUGGACCGAUACAUCUGCCUGCAACUGAUGAUGAUCCUACCUUGGGGUAUCUAGCCUCUAUAAUAGCAUGGACGCCCAGUGGGCACAUCCGUGUGGUAAAUGCACCAGUAAUAGAGGCAUCACUAUGUGAACCGUACACCAAGAUGCUGCCUGGCAAUUAUAUCUGCGUCGGGGGUGUCCAAGAUCCAAAUAGGCAUUUCUGUCGGAAGGACAACGGAGGUGCCAUCAUACAGAACAACACACUCAUUGGUAUUUCAACAUUCAUCCACUCGUGCGCAAUUUAUACCAAAAUUCACGCGUUCCCUAAAGUCUCAAGCUUCUCCAGAUGGUUGGACUCCGUCAUCUGGGAUGAGGAAAAUCGACCCACAUCCACUACCGAAGGAUCUGUUACAACCACAACAAAUGCUACCGAAGCUCCUGUACAAACCCAAACAUUCUUCGCUGAUCCUAGGAAAUUCUUGCUGACCUUACCAUUCGACCCAAUUAAUGUCCCGUUGGAACCGGCAGAAGACAACUCCGUGAUACCAAGGAUGAGCUUAUACGAGUCCUACCUCCAAAAUAUGGCGAAGUCCAAGACAUCGACCACGCAAAAUCCAAAACAAUUGGAGAUGGAGAAAAGGGCGUGGUUACAGAGGUUCGGGAAAGCGGUGAUGAUGAUGCCACAGUUCGCGAAAAAAUAUGACGCUUAUGACUAUAAUUAA